UGGUAAGUAAGCCGCAUCACACCGCCACAGUUGAUGUGGCGGUGAAAUGUGAGCAAGGCAGAUUCUGGCUGCAGCUCAGGAGAUCUGCUCUACUAACUAGCCAUGGCACGACCUAUCGUCGCCAUGGAUCUCUCUGAAAGCAUCCAAUUCCUCAUGGGAUCGGUCACAACCUUAUUGAGGGUUUGAAGAUCUCUCCUUGCUCAGUCUUCCACCAUCGACGGAAGGUUACAUAUAUAUAUUGCGACGACCACCAUCAUACCCCCGCGCGUUGAUCUCAUCCUCAAUACUUCAGGUCGCCACGGCCGCUAGGCUCUACUGAUUCGAGUAGGAUCGCUGACUUGCAAGAGGCCCUGGCUGUUUUACGUCUUCAGUCCAAACACCCUGAAUGCUUUCAUUGUUCGAUCCUCACCUACGACUGGCUUCCACCUAGUAACCUUGCGACAUCCGCAAAAGACAUCCGUCAUCAUGAAAAUCACACUAUUCAGCACCCUGCUACUGUUGCUCCCCUCCUACGUCACACCUCUUUCGCUUCCGCGGUUAGAUCUCGCCUUGCGCGAUGUGCAUCUAGCAUCGACGCCGCCCGCUGAGCUCUAUGAGGCCCCGGACCUUGAAAAGCGCAAAGGCGGCGGAGGAGGAAAAGGAGGAGGAUCAAGCGGUGGUUCUAGUGGAGGAUCUGGCGGUAAAACUGGCGGUAGCAGCAGCAGCAGCAGCCCGAAAGGGUCCUCGGGGUCGUCACGGUCCAGCAACGUUGGAGGCACCUCAGCUCGUGGCUCAGGAGCCGCACGUAGCUACGGCGGUGGCGCCUACUAUGCUGGCGGAGCCAGGACCCCAUACACUGCAGGAAGACGCUCCCCGUCCGGUCUGUCACCUGUUUUGCUUCCUGUCGCAGCUGUAGCCUUUUUCCCUGCGCUCUGGUUAUCCGGCGUCUACGGCUAUCCCUACGUCCAUCCCUAUCUCUACUUCAAUCCUCAUACGCACCGGAAUGAGUCGAUGCCGGUUGAAUGCCUCUGCCAGCAAUACUCCGAGUGCGGAUGCGAUGACAACAACAACAGCACGUUUCUUCACUCGGUCCUGAAUGGGACCGUGCCUCAGAAUAACAGUGUUGUCCGGCUGGCGACAGUCAACGACACGGAGAAGAUCUUUAUCAAUGGCACAUUGCCCAAUGGAACGACUGCGGCUUCCGGUUCCUCAGCCGCUUCAACGGCUCGCAUCGAGGAAUUGAGUGGGUACUGGGUGAUGGUUGCUGCUGUCACAGGCAUGAUUUAUAUGCUCUGAUGGCUGCAAAUAUGGAAGCUCAGGGUCGCCUGAUCCUGCAGGUUCAGAUUAACGGCUGUUUCUGGGCCUCCCGACAUGUUGCUUUCACUGUAUAUAUUUGGAUACUCGGGAGCUUGCUCUCUUGCUUUUUUUUGGUGGAUGCCUCUCACGACUGGCGCUUUGGAGGUCAU